AUGGGCAGGGAAAACCAGACAUUGAUGAGUGAGUUCAUUCUGCUGGGCUUGUCCAGCUUCUGGGAGACUCAGGUUUCCCUCUUCGUUCUUUUCCUGGCCAUGUAUCUGGUGACCAUGCUGGGGAACUUCCUCAUCAUCCUCCUUAUCAGAAUGGACAGCAGGCUAAAUACACCCAUGUACUUUUUCCUUAGUGUCCUGUCAUUUGUGGACAUCUGUUAUUCCAACAGCAUUGUCCCACAAAUGCUUGUUCACUUCCUGUCAACCUCGAAGUCCAUCCCGUUCCACAACUGUUUGCUCCAGCUGUCCAUCUCGCUGGCAAUGGGAAGCACGGAGUUCUUCCUGCUGGGAGCCAUGGCCUAUGACCGCUAUGUGGCAGUGUGCCACCCGCUUCACUAUGCAGCCAUCAUGCAUGGAGGACUGUGCCUCGGGCUGGCUGCCGGCUGCUUGGUGGCUGGUUUCAUGAAUUCUCUAAUGGAAACAAUCAUCACCUUCCGGCUUCCCCUGUGUAACAAUGUUCUCAAUCACUUUGCCUGUGAGACCCUAGCAGUGCUGCAGCUAGCCUGUGUGGACAUCUCGUUCAACAAGGUCAUGGUGGCCAUCUCAGGAUUUCUGGUGAUCAUGCUUCCCUGUUCUCUGGUCCUCUUCUCCUACGGUCAUAUAGUUGCUGCCAUUCUGUGUAUUCGCUCUGCCCAGGGACGCCGCAAAGCAUUUGAGACCUGUGCUUCCCACCUCGCUGUGGUUUCCAUGUGCUUUGGAACAACCAUCUUCACAUAUAUGAGACCUGAGGCUGGCUCCUCAGCAGAACAGGAGAAGAUGGUCUCCCUGUUCUACGCUGUGGUGACCCCAAUGCUGAAUCCCUUAAUCUACAGCUUGAGGAACAAGGAGGUGAUGAGUGCCUUAAGAAGAGUGUGGGAAAAAAUUAGUGAAAAAAGGCCAGGACUUCUAGGGUCAUGUCAAACAGCUGCUAUGAUAGCAGGUAUCCGUUCUUGUUCCUCAUCCAAAGGAAAACAUCUACAGAUACUCCAUGAAGGGAAAGGCGAAAGUUCUAAGAAAGUUACGGAAUGUGGUGGUAGAAUUCCAAACCUGGAGAGCAGCCCAGCAAAGCAGCGUCUGUCUGGGGACUGGCAAAAAGGUCUCCCUGGCCUUGCUCAGAUCAGACGAGUACCGCAGAGCAUCCGCUGGUUCCCUGAGGUGCCUGGCCCUGGCGCUUUCGCUCAAAGGAAUGUGGAGAUGGAUGACUUGGAAUGA